GCACCGGCUAAUGGAAGCGUGCCCUUGUUUCCCGUCUGUAUUUUUUCUUCCCGUUGUCUCACAGCGAGCGAGUGGAUGGGCUGGGCUCAGGGAGAGCAGUGCAGCACAUGAAUUAUGCAAAGCUGUCAAAGCAAGCUAUUGUCGGUGGUGGCGGCCACACUAAAGCUCAGAACAGGCUGAGUGGCGGGUGGCGGCGUUGGAGGGGAGGGGUUCUGUAUUUCUUUGGGCUAUGUGCACUUAGUAUCCUGGAGCGAACUUUAGUGGCUGGUCGCGGACUGUGGAGGCUGAUUUGAAAGAUUUGGGCAGGAGGAUUAAAGAAAGGCUUCCAGACGGAAGAGUAAGCAACCCCUCUCCCAAGAUGCAACCCAUUUGGAGUGAUGUGUGAUUUGACCCAUUGUUAAGUUGCAUCAGCAGGUGGGAGUGGAACUUAGAGUGGAGAAAGAGGUGCGGAGACAGACCGACAGCUGGAAAGAAGCAAACUAGAACAGACAGCAGCAAGAGAGAAGCGUAGAAGAGGAGGAACACAGCAUGAAUGUAGCAUGGAGGUGAAGGAGCGUCGGCCUUACUGCUCUCUCUCCCGGAGCAAGAGGGAACGAGGGAGAGACUGGGAGAGGGAAGGAGACAGAGAGGAGGGGGAGGGCUACAGGGAGGGUCCCAGCAACCACCGUCACACCAGCUCAUCCUCCGUCCUAACCCAGAAGUCCUAUAGCUCCAGUGAGACGCUGAAGGCCUUUGAUCAACACCCAUCCACCCAGGGGCUUUAUGGGCAUCGCAUGCCAGACAUGGUGCCAAGGGACACUGAGGAAUACAGAGCUCCAGGCCAGAGUCUGUCUCUGAGGCAGCUUGGGAUAUGUGGCCCUGCACCUCGUCGUGGUCUGAGCUUCUGCGCUGAGACCGGACUCAGUCAUCAUACACAGCUCAGCGGAGCAGACCCUAUCCAGAACGCAGGGGGCAUUUCUCCAGACUGCGCCAUGCUAUGGGUUAAGGCACACGGACGGGACUCGCAGCUGUCCAGCCGGUCCAACUCUGUUUUAACACUCACAGACACAGAGCAGGACAACAAAUCGGAUCAGGAGAAUGACCAGCUUCCCAGUCAAGCAGGACCGCCUCCUCUGCCACCUGCUCCACAUCAUCACAAGCAGCAUCCAUCAGUUACCUCCCUCAACCAGUCACUGGCCAAUCAGCCGACAGAGCUUCAGAGUGCAUCUGAAUGCGUGCAGCUGCAAGAAAACUGGGUACUGGGUGGCAACGUAGGCUUGGAGAACAGGCACUUCCUGCUUAAGACUGGAACUGGCACCACAUCUCUCUUCACAACUCCUAAUCCCGGUUAUACUAUGGCGACUGGAGCUGUCUACUCUCCACCAGCUCGUCCCUUAACACGCAACACGCUUUCAAGAGGUGCAUUCAAAUUUAACAAGUCGCCUAAACGGUGUUCGUGGAAAUGCACCGCGCUCAGUGCUGUAGGCGUGGCCACCCUGCUGUCUGUUCUGCUCUGCUACUGUAUAGCCAUGCAUGUACUUGGCCUGAACUGGAAACUGAAGGAUGUGGAUAAUCACGCCUUUGAGAAUGGACGAGCCAAACCAGUGACGUUCCCGACCAACACUGUGACUGCAAUUUCUGCAGAUGGAAAAGUAGGAGUGAUGCUACAGAAUAACUCCACGCUGGACACGGGACAGGUGGAGUUGGGUCAGCAGGUAGCACAUGCCGUUCCACCAGGAGUUUUCUGGAGGUCCAGACUUCUCAUUGAACAACCCCACUUUCUCAAGUUUAAUAUUUCCAUUCAGAAAAACGCUAUGAUUGGAGUCUAUGGGAGGAGGGGACUUCCACCCUCACACACCCAGUACGACUUUGUGGAGCUUCUAGAUGGCAGUAGGCUCAUCUCACGAGAGCGCGUUCAGUUGGAUCCGGAGCUCAGGGACCGACUGGAGAAUCCGGUCAACGUUCAGCAGGCAGGCUUUAUCCAGUACCUCCACAGCGGUGUGUGGCACCUGGCCUUUUACAAUGAUGGCCGCACUGUAGAGCCUGUCUCAUACAGCACCAUAGUACUAGAGUCGGUGAUGGAAUGCCCGCACAAUUGCUAUGGCAAUGGAGAAUGUGUCUCAGGCACAUGUAAUUGCUUCCCAGGAUUCCUUGGGCCAUAUUGCUCGAGAGCGGCGUGUCCAGUGCUGUGCAGUGGCAAUGGGCAGUACAACGGCGGGCGCUGUCAGUGCUAUAGCGGAUGGAAAGGGAUUGAAUGCGAUGUGCCCACUGGUCAGUGUGUGGACACCCAGUGUGGGGGUCAUGGCCUGUGUGUUACAGGCUCCUGCAUGUGUAACCCUGGCUUCAAAGGUGACAACUGUGACCAAGUGAACUGUGUGGACCCAUCCUGUUCCAGCCAUGGCUCCUGUCUCCAUGGUCAGUGCCACUGUACCUCAGGCUGGACCGGAUCGAACUGUGAGACGCGGGUCUCUAUGUGUCCAGAACACUGCUCUGGCCACGGUACAUUCCAGAGUGAGACCAGCUCCUGCAUCUGCGAUGUCAACUGGACCGGUCCUGACUGCUCUACAGAAAUGUGUGCAACGGCUUGCACUCCUCACGGAGUGUGUGUUGGAGGUGUGUGUCGGUGUGCGGACGGCUGGUCGGGGGCAGGGUGUGAACAGGAGGAGUGUCAGGCACACUGUGGGGAGCACGGCGUGUGUCGAAAAGGGAAUUGUGAGUGUCACCAAGGUUGGACGGGAGAAAACUGCAAUAUCGCUCACUUUUUGGACAGCAAAAUAAAAGCAGACUGGAUAGGAUAUAGAGAUAGCUGUCCAGGGCUGUGUAACAACAACGGCAGGUGCAUUUUGGACCAGAACGGAUGGCACUGCCUCUGCCAGUCGGGAUGGAGAGGGGUGGGGUGCGAUGUUGCCAUGGAAACCCUUUGCUCCGAUGGCAAGGACAACGAGGGAGAUGGUUUGGUGGACUGUAUGGACCCAGACUGUUGCAUUCAUAGCACCUGUCAGGGUCAGACGUAUUGCCACGGGGCUCCAGAUCCCAGCACAAUGCAACACCUCAGCUCACCUUCACCAGACACUCAGAGCUUCUAUCAGCGCGUCAGCUUUCUGGUAGCUUCGGGGGGCACACAUACCCUGCCAGGGGAAAACACAUUCAACAGCAGCCUGGUGUCCGUUGUGAGAGGACAGGUGGUGACCAGUGACGGCACUCCAUUGAUUGGGGUGAAUGUGUCCCUUCUGCAUUACCCCCAGCAGGGUUAUACCAUCACCAGACAGGACGGCAUGUUUGAUUUAUUGGUGAAUGGAGGCUCAGCAUUGACGUUGCGAUUCGUGCGUGCUCCAUUCUCUGCUGUGUAUCGCACAGUUUGGUUGUCAUGGAGAGUUUUCCAUGUGAUGGACACACUGGUGAUGAGGAAAGAGGAAAGAGACAUGCCAACCUGUGAAUUUAGUGGCCUUGACAGACCCUCACCCCGAAUCACAGCGUCACCACUCUCCACCUUCUACCGCUCCAGCCCCGAGGCCAGCCCCAUCAUUCCUGAGACACAGGUUCUUCACGAGCACACGGCUAUUCCAGGGAGUGAUUUAGACUUGAUUUACUUGAGUUCACGUGCUUCAGCCUACAAACCUGUUCUGAAGGUCAUCUUGACCCAGUCCAGCGUGCCCUUCGGCUUGGCUCGGGUCCACCUCAUGGUGGCUGUGGAGGGCAGAAUGUUUCAGAAGCAGUUCCCAGCUUCACCCCGGCUCUCUUACAGCUUUAUCUGGGACAAGACAGAUGCGUACAGCCAGAGAGUCUAUGGACUCGCAGAGGCUGUAGUAUCCGUGGGCUUUGAGUAUGAAUCAUGCCUGAAUGUGAUCCUAUGGGAGAAGCGGACAGCCACGCUGCAAGGAUAUGAGCUGGAGGCCUCCAGCAUGGGCGGAUGGACCCUGGAUAAGCAUCACAUCUUGGAUGUGCCAAACGGUAGGAAUCGCUUAUUAAACGCCACCGGAACCACCUCACGGGAAAUGUCCCCUCACCAAUUCAGGGGUCAGUGCCUCUACCUGGACUCAUCGUCAUAAAUAUUCAUCUUAACAUGAAAUACGGUUCAUUGCCUCAUUUGCACAUAAUAAAGCAGAGUUUGAAAGGGCUAAUCGCUCACAGUGAUGACAGAUUAAAUCGGAAUCAUUAACACAGCGUGCCAAGUCAGAACUGUGCUCUGCAACAUUAUGGGGGACAUGAUUUGGCUGAAUGAACUUUAUCCAGUUUUCAGGCGCAGAAUGCAUACUUAUAGCUUAAUUCAAUAAAAGUGCCAUUAAAACACAAGCCUGAAUAUGGAAAUGUGGCAUUAUUCCACCAGACAUUCCCCGUUCCUUUGUCUUCAUAAUGAAACAGGGUGACAGGGAAGCUCAUUCUGUCUGCUUAAAUCUCCAUAUUCACACACAUAAUGGCAUCUUUUUGUUCUUGGUAAAUGACGAUGUGUGCACAGUUUGAACAAGAUCCAGCAGUCGUAUCUA